GGGCGGGACUUAAAAUAUACCGCCUCUGUAACGCAGCAGUUGCUUACGGAACUGCUUCUCUCGAAUGUGGAGGUGUUUAUAAAUGGGUUUGCUGACGAUUUUGAAGAAAAUGAAGCAGAAAGAACGCGAAGUUCGUUUGCUGAUGCUUGGUCUGGAUAAUGCAGGCAAAACAACAAUUUUGAAGAAGUUCAAUGGAGAAGACAUCAGUACUAUCUCUCCAACACUUGGGUUUAACAUCAAAACACUGGAGCACAGAGGAUUUAAACUAAACAUCUGGGAUGUAGGUGGUCAGAAAUCAUUGCGCUCUUAUUGGAGGAAUUAUUUUGAGAGCACAGAUGGAUUGAUCUGGGUAGUGGAUAGCGCUGAUCGGCACAGGCUUGAAGACUGUAAAAAGGAGUUAGCAGGACUUUUAUUGGAGGAGCGCCUAGCUGGGGCUACAUUAAUAGUGUUUGCAAACAAGCAAGACUUGCCAGGAGCCCUGUCUAAAGACACCAUCAAGCAGGCAUUGGACUUGGACAAUAUAAAAACUCACCACUGGUGUAUUAUGGACUGCAGUGCAGUGACUGGAGAGAACCUGCUGGCAGGAAUUGACUGGUUGCUAGAUGACAUUUCUAGCAGAAUAUUCACAGCUGACUAAGCGUGGCCCUUUUUUCUGACCUGGGCAGGGAGGGGCACAGUGUUUAGAGAGACAGAGAGACAACACUUACAUCUGUCUUUUAGACAUGCUGACACACUGCUUCCAUCUACAUGUUGCAUAUCUACAGUAAAACCCCUUGUAUAAUGUUGAACUUAGUUGGUUUGGGGUCAGUAUGUUAUGAACAUACAUUAAGUAAACCUUGUUUUCCUGAGAUCAACGGCAAUGUUCUUAAUGACUGGUGUCUUCUGAUGAGUACGUCACAUUGUGCCUGUAGCUACCUAGAAAAAAUUCUUGCAUAACUUCAAAGCUCUUUGCUUUAUUUUUUCACAUUUUCUUGUAGAAUCUUAAAUGUUUUAAGCCAUUGUUGCUUUUCAGAAAACAAUUUCCUAAUCAUGUAGCACAUAAAAUUAGAUAUUACACAGAACUGUUGUAUUAGGAUGCAUUUAUAAAUAUAGACUUGCUUUAUCUAAUCUGGAAUAUAAAUUUUUUUGGUAGAAAUGAAAUACCAAUAUUGUUUGAAAUUAUAGUCCUUGUGGAUGGGGUAGAAAUUCCAUUUGGUGAAAAUAUAAGUGAAACCAUUGUGAUUUUGUUAUACAAGAUGGAGUAUUAAUGGGAACACUUCACUGUCUGAUAAGAAAAGGAAGCUUUAUGUUUCCAUUCAAGAGUCUGGUUUUAUGUUGGAGUGAUAAUACUGUCUUUGGCUUAAUGUAUCAAACUCUUCUCCUUACAUACAUCUGCAUUGUUCAUUUUGACUAGUAAUACAAUUUUUAAAGAAAAUGAUUGUUUUUCUUAUAAAAUGAUUAUGGUCAUGUUAAUAUUUCUGAACAGCUAUGUACUGUCUGUUGAGUUUUGCAGAUAUCCAUACUGUUUAGUUAUGGUACACAUGGUAAAUUGGAGAAGCAGUACAGUGGUACAGACAUUUUCACAGUAGCAUUUAGGUAAGGUUGUAGUACAAUUUUUCAUCCCACUUACUGAAACGAAUAGGUGCUUUUAUUUCACUAUACAGUUUAUUAAAAGACCGUACACAUCUUACAUGAGUCAGGGGAUUGUGGGCAUGAUCUUCUUAAGAAAUUUCAGAGCUCAAAAUAAUUGGUUACAGCAUUUUCAAAAAUAUUGUAGUUAUUGUACGAUGAAUAAUUGUGGACUUAUUAACUGAGUGCAAAGCUACAUAGUACAUGAAAAUCUGGUUUUAAGCAAAGUUUGAACAUUUGUGUGCUCUGGUUCUGUAUAUCAUGUAAUGUUUUGUUUUUUGAACUAUUGUUAACCAACAUCACCAGUUGUGCUGGUUUUAUCAUGGGUGAAGCCUCUUCUAACCCAGAUUGGCAGUUUCAAACUACCUUAGAGUUAUAGCUUGCUUGAAGAUGGUGGGUUAUAAUUAAAGUAGAAAUGAAAGGUUUACAAAUGGAGUAAUCAGCUCAGGAAGAUCAAGCUUUACUUUUUCUAGAGCAUUUCACAACAAGUACAUUCAUAAGGUGCUUUACAAAGCAAAGUUACUAUAUAGCUGAAACCAUUCAGGAGGUAUAUCCAUAUGUUAUGAAACUGGCCUUUUCCAUUGCAAAUCACAAUUGCAGGAGCCAUAAUGAUGCCAUUCUAUUGUUAUGUAGCAUGACCCUUGUCAUUAAUUUUAACAGAAUAGCUUUUCUAACUAUUCUUUCAAUAAUUGCAUGAGAUAUUGUAAUGCCCAAUUAACUCUUGCUGCUGUAGUAGUAGUAUUAGUAAGAAGGGAAUUAUUUUCCAGAAUAGUGGGGAUCAGGUAUAGUAAAUAUGAGCAUAAUUUUUGAUACCAUGGUAAUUGUUUACAUUAAGCACACAACAAAAACGAAUAUGUGGUGGGAUAUCAGACUUGCAGUGCUUGUAAUUAAAACUCUGUUGACAACAUGUUCUUCAUUCUACAGGACUAUAUAAUUUUAUCUUUAUAUAGACUAUUUAUUUGUGCAUAUGAGCCUUGCUGGUUAUUGUAUGAAUUAUGUCAUUUUUGUGUAUGAUUUUAUUUUUACUAUAAUAAAUAAUAUCUUUAUGUUG